ACCUUCUCUGCUAGAAAGAAAACACCUUAAACUUCUGAUAUCAAGAAACAAAAAUGGCGUUCAACACGAAGCUACUUUUGGCCAUUUACUGCGUCGCAUUGGUCUUCACUCUUGUCUCUGCAAACAUUUCCCAAGCAGAGAUCGAUGGCUUCCUCGAGGAGCACAACAAGGCUCGUAAAGAGGUCGGCAACAAACCCCUUAAGUGGAACACAACUUUGGCCCAGUAUGCCCAAGAAUAUGCCAACAAAAGAGUUGACGACUGCGCUAUGGAGCACUCAAGAGGGCGUUGGGGUGAGAACUUGACCUCGGGCGACGGCAUGACCGGCGCAGCUGGCACUAAAUAUUGGGUCACCGAGAAAGAGUUCUAUGACCCCAAGUCCAACAAAUGUGUCAAAGAGGAAUGUGGUCACUACCUUGCUGUGAUCUGGGGCAAAACCACCGAGGUCGGAUGUGGGAUUUCAAAGUGCAAGGAUGGAAAGAACUAUAUCGUUUGCAGCUACGAUCCCAUGUACCAGCCCGAGGACGAGCGCCCAUACUAGACGAUGUAUGUACGCACACUUACAUGAGGCCUGUUGAGAGGUCCGUGUUUUUUUUUCUUUUGCGAGCUCCCAUACUUGAUAUGGUAUUGUGAGAGGUGACAAGAGAAUGGAUAAAAAAUGAAAAGAAUAAUAUUAUUUCCUUUUUUUCUUUUUUUGUAAUUUCUAACUAAAUAUUAUCUCAUUCUCUUUAUGUUUUUUUUUACUUUUUCUCAAUCUCAAUUGUCUAAUGCCUCCCCAUCUCGUAUUUGUCUUUAUUUUUUUUUUUUAAAAUACGACAAAUGUGAUAUCGAAAGGAUGUUAAGUGUAUGUUUGGUAUUUUAUUUGAAUUCAACUUUUUAAACUUUAAAAAAAUAAAUUGAGUCCAAAAUUCAAAAAAUAUGUUUGGUAGACCUAGUUACU